GAAAAGUGCGCACGACGGCGUGUGCAUGAGAAAAAACACCCGUCAGAGUAUUUUCACCCAGCUAUUCUUCACAUUGGUGACAAAACUGUUCAGUGUCAGAACAUAGUGCUCAGUAGUGCGCACCGUGUGGGUGGACUGCGGAUAUAUCGACGGCGCGUAUGCAAUAUACGUUUGUGUAAAAUGGCUUACUAUACAGACCGAACGUUGGUCUGCCAGCCGACGACGAUGGUGUACCCACAUGUGCACUAUCCAGUUGAACAGAAACUACCGAUCGAGUCGAUCUAUGCCGAGGUGAUCGAAGACAUACCGCCGAAGACGCCUACGAAAACGGAGACAACUAAUCGACGCUAUGUUUUUGUGGCGAUUCUCGCUAUGUGCCUGGCGAUCAUCUCAGUUGCUCUUACACUCGUCAUCUUGUCAGGAGCACUGAAUCAAGCCCGUCCAAUGCUGUUACGGAGCUCGCUGGCCGGGCAGCCGGUGCAAGUUACAGAACGACCUGCGGUACCUUUUCCCCGUGUCAAUAGUUUCGUUGUCGUUGGCAGGCCACAAACGCGCAAGCCGAUCGCGCUGCGUCAACUUCGUCUCAACCACAGGUCGCAUAGCGAAGCUAUGACAACUCCAGAACCCAUAUCUCAACUUCCGUCUGUCGACGGAGUUUUCUGGACAGAUGCAGCAGAAGCAUCGGUGCCUGGUGGUUUCAAGCAACGUCAAGCGAUGCACUGGAAAGCGACUGUAAAAACAGCACGCUUCGUCGAUGUGCGCGAAGGCUGUGGUCGCAUGCAGAACCGACUCGUCGAGCUAAACGAUCAAGUACUGGCUUGCGCACGCUACCGCCAAAACAACGAUCAGAUUCAAGGAGAGCUAUUUUCGUUCUAUCUUGCACAGCAGCUGGGUAUUCCUAAUGUAGUCCCGGUAGUGGCCACUCGGGCAACCGGUAAGCAAUGGAGUGAAGUGGCACCGAAAGUACGCCAAGCUCGUUGGCAGCCAAAUCGACCUGUGAUCCUGUCUAGGUACCUCGAAGAUCUCGAGCCUGCCUACAUUCCCGAGCUGCUUCGGGACAAAAACCGACAUCUACAUCCGUCCGAUAUGAAGAAUAUGACACGCAGUCAAAUACAGGAAUUGGUACAGUGGAGCGACCUAAUAGUUUUUGAUUACCUGACCGCUAACCUCGACCGUGUUGUCAACAACCUCUACAACUUACAAUGGAACCCAGGAAUGAUGGCAGCACCGGCGCACAAUUUGCUCAAGGAUCCGCAGACGGGACUGCUUGUCUUCCUUGACAACGAGUCCGGCCUGGUCCAUGGCUAUCGUCUCCUUGACAAAUACCACAGCUAUCACAAGACAUUUCUACAAUCGCUGUGCGUGUUCCGCCGUCAAACGGUUCAGCAGGUUCAAUACUUGCUCAAAAUAUCGAGCGACCAGCUCGCGCAGAUGAUGCAGAACGCUUUCCAGAGCAACUCGCCUGGCAUGGACCAGUAUCUGCCUCCAUUACCACAGCGAUCUAUCGACACUCUUCGAUUGCGGCUGAAGCACGUCACGGAGCAGGUGGACCGAUGCCAGGCGCAGUAUAUCAGCAGCGCCAACCAGCGGUAGCUUCGAAUAGGAUAUCGCGGCGACCGUACAGGCAUACGGCUAACGAUUUAGAUGGUCGCUGUUCGCUGUCUUGUUGUUGUAUUUUAAAUAGUUAUUAUUGCCAAUGUUACAGUAGUAUUACGAGUUGUUAGCUAGUUCAUUAGUUAGUUAGUUGCAACUUUGAAGUUGUUCUUCGAAAACGGUCGUGGUCUGGCCCCAUCGGUAGCAGCCUAUUACCUGUGCAGCCUGCGAUGUGUUUCGAGGUUUAAAGUAGGUAGUCGCGGCUUGUAGCCGAACGGGACACAAAAGCAGCCUACGGCGAUAUGGGAUAUGCGCUGGAGAUUUUGAUUCGCUCUAUUUCUGUCUUCUUUUCUACCUCUUUUUUUCUCCCCUGAUACGCUUCGUUCUCUCUAGUUGUGUUCAGCGUAUUGUUGGCAUUGUGAGCAGACUCACUUGGUACAGCGUAUUGUGAUACGGGCGACUGCGCGUUUCGUGGGAAGACCUCGGAUUCGCUGCACAGGCUCGAGACAGCCUUACAAGAGGUUUUUGAUGACGGGACUAGAAGGUCCGAUCACAGAGCAAGCGAAAGCCGGUGUGACAUUCCACCCUUUUAUUCGUAGCGGUUUGCGAAAAGGAUUUCGUUGCGAAGCUUCCAUCAUCAACUUGCAGAAGUUAUUCGGCCGAUGAAUAUACCCUGGUACCUUACGAUUGUUCCUUCUGCUAUAACCACCUAAGCCCUCAAAGCCUGCAUAUGAUAGAUUAGCGGUUUAAGUGGAAAAAAAUGCGAAUUAUAGUCUAUGCAACAACGACGUUUGCCAUCGUCCGAUCACCUAACUCUUGCGUUGUCUCGGAUUCUUCUAGAGCAGUGCCUUACAAAUCAUUAACCGUACGUGCAUUAGUGUCCAUAUUCAAACAACUUUGUUGAUGUUGAUUCUAUUCAUAGGUUAGCGUACCUAUACAGCGUGGUUCAGAUCAUUUCUACUGCUCGUAUCUAAGAAACAGGCAGCUCGUGUCUGGCCAUAUGUCUACUGGGUUUCCUAGAUAGUUAAUUGUGUCUGGGCCAAAACGUCUGGGUUCGCGUUUCAAGCAUUCACUCGAUUGUCGCUGUAUUUUCUAUUGCGCUCCAGCGUAUCUAGCUGAGAAACGUUCGCCCGCAUCGUCACACUGGAUCGCGAAUGCGUUCUUUUGCGGCAGCCGCAAUAAUAACGCCUGCAUCGGUGAAAACUUCGACCGAUACGCUUCCUAUGCACUUUUACCGAACUUCGAAAAAUUUUCGAGCAUUAAAUUAGGAUUUUCGCACACAUUUUUCUGUCUAACGCGGCAUGUCCCGAAUGUGUUGUGAUCUGCUAGUUUCGUUGCUUUGUGUACAAUAAUUACAAUAAUAAUCUUGCGUAUUCCUUUUCUCGCGGGUGGUAGUAACUUGCAGGAAAAGGCGAUAGUUAGCACAAGAGACGUUCACGAGCGCGCCUAGUCAAACCUUAUGUGAGAUCUUUAUAGAUUAGG